AUGGAAAUUAAAAAAACUCAUUUCUUUGAAAAUUGGACUCAAACAAGCUUAUCAUAUAAUAAACAUCAUUAUAUUGCAAAUAUUAAAGGUACAUCAAAUAUUACCAUUGAAACUGAAUGGUUUGAUAGUUUAACAAAUAUUACAUUUGCAAAUCAAAAAUUAACAAUGAAUCCUCCAACUUUGAAAUAUAAUAUCAAUAUUACAAAAUAUGAAUUUAUUUCUAAUAUUAAUUCACUUCAAUUAGUUAUUCAAUCAAAACUAUCAAAAAAUUCAAAUAUUGAUCAUAGUAUUUGUUCAGCUCAAUCAUUUGGGGAAACAACCUCAAAUGAUAAUUCAAAUUAUAUUCAAUUAUCAGUUGAAAAACAUUCAUUAUAUGGUCGUUUCAUAAAAAGAGGUAUAGUUGAUAAUAAAAUCAUUUCAAUUAAUAAUGAACAAUUAAAUGAUUUAAAUUCUGAAAGUUCUUAUUAUACAUCAGAAUCUCAUAUUGGUAUAAAUAUACCUUGGUUUAAGGAUUUAGUUCAAUUAGAUCCAGAUUUUUCUGUAUUAUUAGAUGGAUCAUCAACAAACUCAAUAUGCAAAGAUGGUCACAGUUUAUCAAAAAAAAGCGUUAAUUGGUGUUAUUGUAGGCUGUGUUGGUAA